AGGUUGUGACGUUUGAUGACAGCGGAGUCUCGGGUCAUCCAAAUCAUGUGGCACUGUCACGGGCGGUCGACUUUCUCGUCGGACCUCAAAGUAAAGAAUUCGUGAUGCCGCGCGGCGUUAAGGUUUGGAAAUUGGAAUCAACAAAUAUGUUUAGAAAGUAUAUUGGCCCUCUGGAUAUCCUUUUUUGUAUCGCAACGUCAAUGUGGUUGUGGAUAUAUGUGAACUGCAAUCGAAAGGAUCUAUCUGCAGGAGGAUGGCGUCACAGUCUAUCAGGCAACAAUAGGUUUCUGCUAUGUCUCAACGACAGGCCAGUCUUGACGUAUCAGGCGAUGAUGGCACAUGCCAGCCAAUUUGUAUGGUAUCGCCGCUUGUUUGUGAUAUUUUCCCGCUAUACAUAUGUGAAUACUUUGUGGGAGGCGGGUGAGGGACGCCAUGUUGACAGCAAUCAUGCGAUAAAUGAAGAGUGGAACCUAUAAUCU